CUUUGCACGUUCUCCUUCCAUUUAUGUAGCUGUAGAUUAUUAUCCAGCAACUAUUAUUGGAUUUAAAUAAACGAUCUUACUAAUCGAUUUAUAGAGAGAAGCUUGUUCAAUUGAGAAACCAGUCGUGUUACAUAAGUAACUAGCUAGCUAGCGUGAGCUAGCUAAAUAUGAGCUCACAUAGACAGACACUAGCUAGCUACCGUUCAACAACGUCAAGCUCAGAUUCUAGUGGCGGGGUAGACAGUGCUCUACCGGCUCAAAUUCCUGCCUGUUCCCUGUAUUUCCUUUAGCCACCAAGGGCCGCUUUUAGUGAAAAGGAGAGGGGGAAAGCUGCCUUUGCUCAACGUAACCGAGACUGCAGAGCUCAAAAGGUCCCCUGUAACACGAAGAAGAAAAGGAGGGUGCCCACAAUCUGCUGGAGAGGAGCAGACCGCCAUGUGGAGACUGUAGGCUUCUGCCAUAGCAUGGCUGCUCCUCGCUCCACACGCGUUACAAGAUCAUCCGUGGGGCUAAAUGGAUUGGACGAGAACUUCUGCGGUCGGACCCUUAGGAACCGCAGCAUCGCCCCGCCGGAAGAGUCCCAGGCCGGCCCUCUGCCCCGAGCGCGGUCGCCCAAAAAGAGGCAGGAGUGUCCGCAGGGUCAGCAGCAGCCCCCGCAGAAGGGCCCGCUCUCCGGGCGGCAGGCGCCGGAGGAGCAAUGGCUGAGCCCGAGGAAGAGGGUCCUGUCCUGCUCGGAGAGGGACUGCCCCGAGGCCCCGCCCGUCCAGAAGAGGCCCAAGCGCUGCUCCCGCUCGGGGGACACGCCCGGGUCCGAGGAGGACUCCCCCGGCAGGGCGGAGCGGCCCGCCCGCGACCCCACGGAACCCCCCCAAACGCCCGCGGAGAGCGACGACGACCCGCCCACCCCCAGGCCGGACAGGCUGUGCCCUCCGCCGGAGGAACCGGACCGGGACGAGAGCGAGAACGCGAGCGGGGCGGAGGUGAGGGACGAGCCCCACAAGGUCACCAACGGGCUGGACGGGCGGCGGGCGGCGGACGGGGGCCCUGAGGGCCCCGGGCCCAGUCCGGGCGCACCCUCGGGCGACAGGAACAGCGCCCCGCCGCUGCCCAACGGGCGGCAGGUGGACUCGUCGCCGCCCCCGGACCCCCAUGUGCCUUGUAGAAACUCGAACCUUGAGCGCUCGGAGCCGGACGGUGCGACGGCCGCCCCAGAGCCGCCCGUCCCCGCCGCCCCCGCCCCCUCGGGGGCCCCGCCCGCGGCCCGGGAGCCGGAGGAGGAGGUGGAUGUUGUGGGGGACGCCGGUUGCCGGCCACAGGAGCUUGCGCCCCAGGGCACCAACGGUGGCCUCGGACCGGCGCCGGACGGCUCACACAUCUCAGGAGAAGCCCGGCCCCCGGCGCCGCCCAACCCCACCCCCGCCCCCGAGACGGCCCCCAGCCCCGCCCCAAGCCCCACCCUCACUGACCCCCCCUCUUUCACCGAACCUCAAGAACACAGAUACACACUGAGAACUUCGCCCCGGCGACCGACCUGCUCCAAGCCGCCCUCCCCCUCUCUGGGCAAUGGCCCGCACAAGGAGGGCGAGGGCCGGGCGGGGCGCGCGGAGGAGGAGGCCUCCCCGAACGCGGAUGAGCUCCUCCCCUCCGCUGGGCGGGGCCCGGCCGGCAGGCCGGGGACGGAAUGUUCCGGGCGGGGGACGGACACGGCGGGCGGGGAGGCGGGCGUGUCGGAGGCCGGCGUGUCGGAGCCCAGUGUUUCCAAAUCCACCAAAGAGCCGGCGGGAAGCCAGGCGGCUGAGGAAGAGGAGGAUGAAGAGGACCCGGACGUGUAUUACUUUGAGUCUGAUCACUUGGCUUUGAAACACAACAAAGAUUACCAGAGGCUGCUGCAGACCAUCAGCGUGCUGGAGGCCCAGCGCACACAAGCCAUCCUGGACCUGGAAUCCCUGGCCUGCCACCAGAGGGAGGCACUGAGAGACCCCAUCAGCUUUGUGGAGAAGCUACAGAAGCAGGUUGGCUUGGGCUUGCCCUGUCCCCAGCGUGUGGUGCAGCUUCCAGAAAUCGGGUGGGACCAAUACACCUCGGGCCUGGGGGACUUCGAGAGGGAGUUCCACGACAAGAAGCGCAACACCAGGAGGCUGAAGCUCAUUUUCGAUAAAGUGGGGCUGCCCGCUCGACCAAAAAGUCCUCUGGAUUCCCGGAAGGAGGGCGAGCCGUCUGCGCUGUACUCAGCUCUGCCCUCUAGUGACGGUCCGGAGCACAGCGCCUCCAGCAGCCGGACACAGCAGAUGAUAAGAGGGCGGGUUUGUGAUCAGAAUAAACCAGACACCUUUAAUCAGCUGUGGACCGUGGAGGAGCAGAAACGUCUGGAGCAGCUGCUUCUCAAGUUCCCCCCGGAGGAGGUGGAGUCCAAGCGCUGGCAGAAGAUUGCAGACGAGCUGGGCAACAGGACCGCCAAACAGGUGGCGAGCAGGGUGCAGAAGUAUUUCAUAAAACUGACAAAAGCAGGAAUCCCAGUGCCUGGAAGAACGCCCAACCUGUGCAUGUACAGCAAAAAGGCCUCCAGCAAGAGACAGCACCACCUGAACAAGCACCUGUACCGGCCCUCCACCUUCCUGACGUCGUACGAGCCGCCCGUGUACAUGGACGACGAGGACGACCGCUCCAGCUUCUACAGCGGCCUGCAGGACCCCACGGCCGACGACUCUGAUGAGGAAGGCAUUCCCGUGGAAUACCGGGGUUUACCGGAGUACAAGGAGCUGCUGGAGCUGAAGAAGAUUAAGAAGCAGAAGAUCCAGGAGAUCCAUGCGGAGAACGCGCUGGCACAGCACAUGGGCUACAAGUGUGACGGCUGUGGGACGGAGCCCAUCCAGGGGGUGAGGUGGCACUGCAGGGAAUGCCCGCCGGACGUCGCCAUCGACUUCUGCAGCAACUGUUCCGACUGCCUCUACAAGACCGAGACCCACAAGCCGGACCACCAGCUGGAGCCCGUCUUCCAGCCCGAGGCCUUCCUGGACAGAGACUACUGCCUGCCGCAGGGCACGGGCUACAACUACCUGGACCCCAACUAUUUCCCUGCCAACAGAUGACAGGGGCGAGCAGGCCUCCACCAGGGCUCAGCGUUCAGCCGGGGGGUUUCUCCUCGGGCUCCGUCGCCGUCGUCCGGCGCCGGGGAUCGGCGGGGCUCGGGCGCCGCCCCGGGAAACGACCCACCGGUCACCGCGGUCGUCGUAGCAACAGGUCUCCGAAAUAACACAGCGAACCAGGCACACCAGACAUUCCCCGACCCGAGAAGUUGAAGGCGCCCUCAACCCCACCCCCCUUACCCCCACCGCCCCACCCCCCCACCGCGGCUUUCGGCCGGGCGGAAAAAACGCCUGCGAACCUCCGCUUUAACAACGUGUAAGGGUUGUGUAGUCAAGCUCACUGUCUCGUAGACCUUUAGUUCAACCGAAUUUCACUGGGACAGGAGUCUGGUCUCGUAUCAUAACACUUAACACGAUAUAGCUAGAUGUCUGUAGAUGAGUAUUUAUAUACGAACCAGCGCGAUGUCUCGCCGGGAAUUGAAAGGAACUGGGAAAAGGGACCAGUGACUUUGAUUCAAUCUAGGUUUUUAACCAAUCAGUGUUGGCUAAUACAGUUUAAGAAAAAAAACAACAAAAAAAAAAACAAACAAAACAAAAAAUGACAAAUUCUGUGCGAAAACUCCUGUCAAUGGACGGCACCAACGAUGUCUGUCACACGGUGGACCACCACUAUCACAGCUGCUUAUCCUCACCUCCCAACCGUUGUGUUUUUCUUUGUUUUAACUUUAAACCUCAUCACUAAACCCUUUCACUUACCAACACGGAAGCACUACAGCACCAAGAAGACAAGCAAGGGAAAGCCUGCAGGCUCUCACAGCUUCGAAUGGGCCUUGUGGAAUGGGAAAAGCAUAGAGAUACUCUUUUCUCAGUGUGUACUGUUGUAAUCAUGUGGCGUAUACAAAUAUUAUGGUGAAAAAGCAGUAGCCAGUGGUAGUAAGUGUGCCAUUUUGUCUGGACUUCCCUCCCAUGAAACCCUCGGUCUACUUUUGUCUCUGCCUCUGCUCGAAGGAACGUCGUCAUGGCAACGUUGUCCGUGAAUCUGCCCCCCCCCCCCCUCCCGUCAUCCCGUCAUUCGGUUCCCAAAUUCUUUGCAGUCUGCGCAAGAUCAACGAACGAUUGUAUUUUUAAUCACCUAUUUAAGAAAAAAAAAAAAAAGAUCUGAGGCAGUCGGUGCAGUGCGCAGAGGCACAUCCACAUUCUUUUAUACAGGUAGAUUUUGUUGUGCUUUGAGUAGACCAUUUUGUAUGGUUUUGUUUAUUUCCCCCCUCCCCCCUCCCCCCUUCCCCCCCACGCUUCAAUAUUUGUGUAUACCAGUCUGUUCUUAAAUAAUGUUAAAAUGUCAGGAGAAUUGUGGAAAUAAAAGUAUGUGGAAAUAGUCUUUAUAUUUGGCAUGAGUCCCGCAUCUUUCUUAACCUCGAAUACGAAAGCCGGAGUUCCCAACCCGCCCCCCCCCCCCCCCCACCUUCCCUUCUCCCCGUGUACCCGACUGCACGGCAACUGUAUGAAUUUUGGGUCCUUGUACUGCAUGGCCAGGUGGAUCGAAUGCUUCUGAACCGAAAUAUAGUCGCACACCUGUAACCUGUCACUAUAGGCUGAAUAAAGGCGGUAUCGUCACCAUAUGGGCCGGGCUCGAGUAGUAAUUGAACUGAAGGAUAUUUUUCAUUUUCUCCCCUUUAUCCCCCUUCUGUUUGAGGCAACGUUAAAUUGACUGCCUUCGAUGUGAAAUGAACGAUAGCUGCCACUAGAAGGCGCCUGUGCAUCGCUUCUACGGCAGGCCGGGGCUCUGUGUCCGGGUACGAACGUCAGCGUAGAAGCCACGACCGCCUCCGAUUCAUCCCUUAUGCUUUAAUAAUUCAGUCGCAAAAAUCAUUAAAUUGUCUUAAGUGUUUGUUUUGAUGGAUAAACGCAUACAGAAGGUAACAACAACAACAAAAAAAUUAGGAAUUUAUUUUUUUACUGCCAUUUUAAUGUCUGUAUUUUGACCGAUUAUGUUUUGUACCUUUCUUACAGAUUUUAUGUAGUGUUGGUGUUCGUAUGAGAUGCCACGAUUAAAAAAAUGGGUUUAUUAAAGCAGACAUGCUUUUUGUUGUGCAGUGACUGGUCUAGUGCUUAAAAUUCCUCAAUAAAAUGGAAAAUGUGCCUCUCCGUACGGAAGUGGUACGUCCCUUUCUAAACGA